UCCAGUGGAGAUUGGCUGCUCAAAUUUUUGUAUCGCACUUCGUCGGUCAAGUUUCGAAUAGCAGGCCUGGGUCCGAUUUGCUGGAAGAAUAGAAGAGUUUUCAACUUCGAUCUCUCGAGUAUUGUUGGUGGACAUUUGGAUUAUGCGGAGAAGAUGGACGUGAUUUUGAAACAUGUGGGGGUUCGGACGAAAGAUGAAUACAAAAGGAUUGUUGGCAUCCCGAAAUCGAAAAAUUUUCUUUCGUUCUCAAGUCUGAUCGGUGCUGAUCAUUCGAAGGUUAAGCGUUAAUCUCAACAUUUAUUCCUGAUCAUUUAUCAACUUUCCCGC